CGGCAGUUGGUGCAGCGGCGGUUGGGGCGAGUGCGCUCAGCCCACCCCUCCCCUCCUCGGCCAGGGCCCCGGCCCCCACCCCGCGGGGCCCAGCCCCAGCCCCAGCCUCCGCCGGGCCCGUCCCGUGCGGGCCCGUGCCACCCCUCAGCCGGCGACGCCCGGGGCCGCCCGCCCGCCCGCCACCAUGGAGCUGGAGGACGGUGUGGUAUACCAGGAGGAGCCCGGAGGCUCCGGGGCCGUGAUGUCAGAGCGGGUGUCCGGCCUGGCCGGCUCCAUCUACCGCGAGUUCGAGCGGCUCAUCGGGCGCUACGAUGAGGAGGUGGUCAAGGAGCUGAUGCCACUGGUGGUGGCCGUGCUGGAGAACCUGGACUCGGUGUUCGCGCAGGACCAGGAGCACCAGGUGGAGCUGGAGCUGCUGCGGGACGACAACGAGCAGCUCAUCACCCAGUACGAGCGGGAGAAGGCGCUGCGCAAGCACGCCGAGGAGAAAUUCAUUGAAUUUGAAGACUCUCAAGAACAGGAAAAAAAGGAUUUACAGAUGCGAGUGGAGUCUCUAGAAUCUCAAACAAGACAACUUGAACUCAAAGCAAAAAACUAUGCUGACCAGAUCAGCAGACUUGAAGAGAGAGAAGCAGAACUGAAGAAGGAAUAUAAUGCACUGCAUCAGAGACACACUGAGAUGAUCCAUAAUUAUAUGGAACACUUAGAAAGAACCAAACUUCAUCAGCUAUCAGGGAGUGAUCAACUAGAGGCUACAGCUCAUAGUAGAAUUAGAAAAGAACGUCCUAUAUCACUAGGGAUUUUCCCUCUACCUGCUGGAGAUGGAUUGCUUACACCUGACACUCAGAAAGGAGGCGAGACCCCAGGAUCAGAGCAAUGGAAAUUUCAAGAAUUAAGUCAACCACGUUCUCAUACCAGCUUGAAGGUCAGCCAUAGCCCUGAACCUCUGAAGGCUGUAGAACAGGAGGAUGAACUUUCUGAUAUUAGUCAAGGUGGAUCUAAAGCUACCACUCCAGCUUCAACGGCAAAUUCAGAUGUAUCAGCAAUUCCUCCUGAUACUCCGUUAAAGGAAGAUAAUGAGGGAUUUGUAAAAGGCACAGAUACAUCAAAUAAGUCAGAGAUAAGCAAACACAUAGAAGUACAGGUUGCACAAGAGACUAGGAAUGUGUCUACAGACUCUGCCGAAAAUGAAGAGAAAUCAGAAGUUCAAGCAAUCAUUGAAUCCACUCCUGAAUUGGAUAUGGACAAAGACCUCAGUGGAUAUAAAGGUUCAAGCACUCCCACCAAAGGCAUAGAGAACAAAGCUUUUGAUCGAAAUACAGAAUCUCUCUUUGAAGAACUGUCUUCAGCUGGCUCAGGCCUUAUUGGAGAUGUGGAUGAAGGAGCAGAUUUAUUAGGGGAAUAUUCUGACCAUAAUUUCUUUGGAAUGGGUCGAGAAGUGGAGAAUCUCAUACUAGAGAACACACAGCUGCUGGAAACCAAAAAUGCUUUGAAUGUCGUGAAGAACGACUUAAUAGCAAAAGUGGAUGAGCUGACCUGUGAGAAAGAUGUGCUGCAGGGAGAGCUGGAGGCUGUGAAGCAAGCCAAGCUGAGACUGGAGGAGAAGAACAGAGAACUGGAGGAGGAGCUCAGGAAAGCUCGUGCAGAAGCUGAAGAUGCAAGGCAAAAAGCAAAAGACGAUGAUGAUAGUGACAUUCCUACAGCCCAGAGGAAGCGGUUUACCAGAGUAGAAAUGGCCCGAGUUCUCAUGGAGAGAAACCAGUACAAAGAGAGACUGAUGGAGCUUCAAGAAGCUGUUCGAUGGACAGAGAUGAUCCGGGCCUCACGAGAAAAUCCAGCUAUGCAAGAAAAGAAAAGGUCAAGCAUCUGGCAAUUUUUCAGCCGACUUUUUAGCUCUUCAAGUAAUGCAACAAAGAAGCCUGAACCCCCUGUUAACCUGAAGUACAAUGCCCCCACCUCUCACGUGACUCCCUCUGUGAAGAAAAGGAGCAGCACUUUAUCUCAGCUCCCUGGUGAUAAGUCCAAGGCAUUUGACUUCCUUAGUGAGGAAACUGAGGCUAGUUUAGCCUCCCGCAGAGAGCAAAAGAGAGAGCAGUAUCGGCAGGUGAAGGCUCAUGUUCAGAAGGAAGAUGGCCGAGUGCAAGCUUUCGGCUGGAGUCUGCCUCAGAAGUACAAACAGGUAGCCAAUGGUCAAGGGGAAAAUAAGAUGAAAAAUUUACCUGUGCCUGUCUAUCUCAGACCACUAGACGAAAAAGAUGCGUCUAUGAAGCUGUGGUGUGCUGUAGGAGUCAAUUUAUCUGGUGGCAAGACAAGAGAUGGCGGGUCUGUUGUUGGAGCAAGUGUAUUUUAUAAGGAUGUUGCUGGUCUGGACACCGAAGGCAGUAAACAGCGGAGUGCAUCUCAGAGUAGUUUAGACAAGUUGGAUCAAGAACUCAAGGAACAGCAGAAAGAAUUAAAACAUCAAGAGGAGUUGUCCAGUCAAGUCUGGAUCUGUACCAGCACCCACUCAACUACCAAGGUUAUCAUCAUCGAUGCUGUUCAGCCUGGCAACAUCCUAGAUAGUUUCACUGUUUGCAAUUCUCAUGUUCUGUGCAUUGCCAGUGUCCCAGGAGCUCGGGAAACAGACUACCCUGCAGGAGAAGAACUUUCUGAAUCUGGUCAGGUGGACAAAGCAUCAUUGUGUGGAAGCAUGACCAGUAACAGCUCUGCAGAGAUGGACAGCUUGCUGGGAGGCAUCACAGUAGUUGGGUGCUCCACAGAAGGACUGACAGGAGCUGCUACUUCCCCAAGUACCAACGGUGCUUCUCCUGUGAUUGAAAAGCCGCCAGAAAUGGAAACGGAAAAUAGUGAAGUUGAUGAAAAUAUUCCAACAGCAGAAGAAGCAACUGAAGCCACAGAGGGCAAUGCAGGGUCCACUGAAGACACUGUGGACAUCUCCCAGCCUGGUGUGUACACAGAGCAUGUGUUUACAGAUCCACUGGGAGUUCAGAUCCCAGAAGACCUCUCCCCAGUGUUUCAGUCAAGUAAUGACUCAGAUGUGUACAAAGAUCAAAUAUCAGUUUUGCCAAAUGAACAAGACCUUGCAAGAGAAGAAGCUCAGAAAAUGAGUAGUCUUUUACCAACCAUGUGGCUUGGAGCUCAGAAUGGCUGUUUGUAUGUCCACUCAUCUGUAGCCCAGUGGAGGAAAUGUCUCCAUUCCAUUAAGCUCAAAGACUCAAUUCUCAGUAUUGUACACGUGAAAGGAAUUGUACUAGUGGCCCUGGCUGAUGGCACCCUUGCAAUCUUCCACAGAGGAGUUGAUGGACAGUGGGAUCUGUCAAACUAUCACCUUUUAGACCUUGGACGUCCUCAUCACUCCAUACGAUGCAUGACUGUGGUACAUGACAAAGUCUGGUGUGGCUAUAGGAACAAAAUCUAUGUGGUUCAACCAAAGGCUAUGAAGAUAGAGAAAUCAUUUGAUGCACAUCCCAGGAAGGAGAGCCAAGUACGGCAGCUUGCAUGGGUGGGUGAUGGUGUAUGGGUCUCCAUUCGUUUGGAUUCCACGCUCCGCCUCUAUCAUGCACACACAUACCAACAUCUCCAGGAUGUGGACAUUGAGCCUUAUGUAAGCAAAAUGUUAGGUACUGGAAAACUGGGUUUCUCUUUCGUGAGGAUAACAGCCCUUAUGGUGUCUUGCAAUCGUUUGUGGGUAGGGACUGGAAAUGGUGUCAUUAUCUCCAUCCCAUUGACAGAAACCGUAAUCCUCCACCAGGGACGUUUACUGGGGCUAAGGGCAAAUAAAACCUCAGGGACUCCAGGUAACCGUCCUGGAAGUGUAAUCCGUGUAUAUGGUGAUGAGAACAGUGAUAAAGUUACUCCAGGGACAUUUAUACCCUACUGUUCAAUGGCACAUGCACAACUUUGUUUCCACGGGCACCGGGAUGCUGUGAAAUUCUUUGUGGCAGUCCCAGGUCAGGUCCUUAGCCCACAAAGCAGCAGUAGUGGAGCAGAUCUUACGGCUGACAAAGCAGGGUCAUCUGCACUGGAGCCCAGUAGCCAGGCGCCCUUGAAGUCCAUGCUUGUCAUCAGUGGAGGAGAGGGCUACAUUGACUUCCGGAUGGGUGAUGAAGGUGGAGAAUCUGAACUUCUUGGAGAGGAUCUUCCACUGGAACCUUCAGUCACCAAAGCCGAGAGAAGUCACCUGAUAGUGUGGCAAGUGAUGUGUGGCAAUGAAUGAGUCUGUAAGAGACAGGUGGAGAUGAGGAAGUUGCAUGGUUUAUUUUCCCUUUUUCCUUUAUUUAAUGCUCUUUUGUGAAAGACAUUUCACCACAUAAUAUGUGAGCAUUUCCCCGUUACCUUUAUAUUACACAAUCUGUUCUGUGGUAACAAUACAGAGGAGCGAGCUAGUUUACUGCACCAGUGUUAAUAGGAAAUUUCAGUAUAUCAUGAACAAAUCAAAGAAGGUUUACUUUCUGUAAACUGAUAAAUUACAGAAAGCAAUCCAGAUGUGGUUUGCUCUGCCACAGUCUAAUGUCACUCACUUAAUUGAUGAGGCCAUGUUUUACCUGUCACUAAUAAUGGAACUAAUGGAAAAAACUUAAUAAAUGAAAUUGUACCAUGAAGUACAAUAGAGUUUUUCCCCAGUGUAUGAUAGAAUUGAUGCACUAAUAACAGACGGAUUAUCAGGAUUUAUCUGAAUGUCCCAAGAGGGCUAAGAGCUAACUGUAAAGUACUUUAACUUUCACUUUCAAUUCUGACAAAUCUUGUUUAUAUGGUAUAUAAAACUUUGUUUUCAUCAGACUUGGGGGGUUUUAUAUUAAAGAAAUUAAGGCUACACUAUUUAAAUAAAAUUUCUUGUUCCUGUCUCAUUAGAACUCUAAAGUUUACGAAGCCUGCUUCUCUGAAUAUUCUCAUAUUUUAGAUUAAUUUCACCCAUUUUCAUACUGACAUUUAAGAAAUGUAUUAUCUGAAGUUUAGGAAAUAAUCUGGGAAGUGUUGAAGACACUUCAAUACUGGAAGGAUGUUCUAAAAGGAGAUUGUGUUUGAAUUCCUUGUCCUAGAGGAUUGUGGUAGUGGAUAAAAUGUACCCGUUAGCCACACUAGGCUGCUCUUAGCCUAUCAAGGAGGGGACACUGUGGUGGCCGUGGAUUCUGUCUCAUUUGCUGAAUGCUGAAUGAUUAGGAAAGUUGAUUCGUUUUAUUCUGUAAAAAACUACCAAACACCUAGUGCUUGCUUGGUAUAGAUACUCUUCAGCAUUUGUUCCCUGCUGAAAUGCCAUCUUCAAGGGAAGUGCUGGAAGGCAGGCAGAGUCUGUGCCUGUCUCCAUUCGUGGCAUCCAUCUGAGAAAGUGGGGUCACAUCUAGCUUUAACUGGUAACCUUAGGAGGUUUCAAAAACCAUGAGCUAGAGUAGAGGCUUGCUUUCCUCUCUCAAGCUUUCUGAAAAUACAUGAUUUACCAUUUCCUACCCACUGCUACAAGCAAACUUAAACUUAAUUUUAUGUGAUCUCUUAAAAACAUACAGGAAACAGGUCUUCAGGUCAUUGGAAGGACCACCUCAUAGAAAAGAAAUCGAAUACAGGUCUCUAAUUGUCCAAGUACCAGGGAUUUCCCCCAGACUGUGAUACAAAAAUAUCUGCAAAAAGUAUACAGGGACUUUUUUCACAUGCAUAUGAUUAGGCUAGAUCCUAAAAUACAUAGGACCCCGUGAGCAUGGGAGGCUUUUGUAUCAUUAAGCACAUUGGGCACACUCUAAAGUUGUGGCCCUGUAUGUUUUAAAAGAAAAACACCUGUUUUGAUAAAGCUGUAUAAAGGAUAAUUAAUAUUUUGUUUGAUCUACUUAUUCAUUUUUCUUUGGUGCAGACCACUUUUCCUUAGCUUGUUGCCAUGUCUUUAUUUUAAAUCUGAAUCAUUUGGGGCAAAUACUUUUAAAAAGCAUUAUUAACAUUUAUUGGAAAUAUUGUAUAAAUUCAUAAGGAAACACAAGAGUUUUGGAGAAUUUUAAUCCCAAGAAGUGCCCCUCUUCAUUGCUGAGAAGUGCUUUUCAUCUUUGUGUGGUCCAGAGUAACUCAGGGAAUCAGAAGCUAAAGAAGAAACAUUCAAAUGUGUUACCCUGGUUAUAGUUGUUUCUUUGAAAUGUAACAAUGUUGACUUCACUUGCAGACUGUAGGUGCAUGGUGAUUUUAGCUAAAGAUCUCACAUUACUGUGGCCCUGUGAACUAGCUCAAGGAUGAGAGAAUGCAGAGGCACCCGUGCGGCUUGUUUUAAGGGCUGUGCUUAUAUUUGUAAUUCUGCUUCUCUUCCUCUUCCCCCAUAACACAAAUAUUCUUGUGAUGUUUAUUUUGGUCAAGGGGGUGAUCUUUGGAAGAAAUACCAGGAUAAGCUGCUUGCAGACAGUGACAGGGUCUAAAAUGCCAUUGUCACCACAGGGCCAAGAAGGCAUACGUGCCUCUAGGUAGCCUCCCAUGCAAAAACUGACUUUUAAAAGAAGAAGGCAGAGCACUGAGAGUUCUCGUUUUGUUACAUCUGGGUUAUAUGGGUUAUAUAUGAGGCUAAACUGUAUGAAUUACCAGUGUACAGCCAUUGCUGGUCUAUAGAAACAGCACCAUUGUAUGUCUCAACCUAACACGCGAUAGGAAGUGCAAGUUAAAUCUCUGUGAGGCAAAAGGAAGGAGACUGCUUUCUACAACUCAGUUUUGAGAAUAACUUCUCUAACUCAUGGAGAGCCAAACUUGUGUCUCUUACAAGUUGCAGCUUGCAGGGAGUUGAAAACAUUUCAACAUAGAGCAAUGCAGCGCGCCACUCUUCAGAUGGAACGUGCUUACUGUGGAGAGUAAAAUACACUCUCAGCUGUAGCAUCGUUCACUUCCUGUGGCGUUGAGAAGAGUCCACAUAACAUGCAGCCUUUGGAACAAAACAGGAUGCCUCAUAUUAACCUAAAAGGAAUGUGUGUCUUGCAAAUGCCAUGAAAGUGGAUAUUUAUUUCCUAGUAAGUAUUAUGACUAUUACCAAAGGACUCGACCAGAUUAGGGUUCUUCUUAAUUGAUCAUGUUGGGAAAGAGGCUGAUUGCAUCCCACUUUAUAAGAUGGGAAGAGAAGGAAAUAAAUGUUGAAAUCAUAAAUGCUUUUCUAACAGGGUUAUGCUAUUCUGUAACACUAAUUGUCUUUCUCUUUAAAAUGAAGUUUUAUUAAUAAUUUUAUCAUAUAUUUCUCAAUAUUUGAAUAUGUUUUAACUGUUUAUGUCCUAAAUUUGUUUUCGUUCUAGAAAUCCAGAACUUUACUUGCCUCAUAAAAUUGGGUUCUAGAAUGUCCCAUUUGCUGUCUUUAGAGGCCAAGGCUUCAUUUCUAUGCGUAAAAAGCUCAUUUAGCAAUGUAGUUAUUUCAGUAUUUAUUUCUAUUAUGGAAUCCCUGGGGUUCGGAAUGUAACUUUGUACAUGAAAUAUAUAUAAAUAUGUAUAUGAAACGUG